AUGGCCAAGCUCAGUUUUCUUCUCUUUUUCACUCUUUCUCUCUUAGUCCUCUCUGCUUCUGCCAGAAAUGUCGCCUCAAAAAAGCUCACAAGCUCUACCUUAGGUCUCGACAAUGGCGUCUUCAAGCCCACAAGGAACUACACCCAUGUCUGUGAUGCUUCAAGGUUUGCAGACCUUGGGCUGGACAUGAAGGACUUUGCCUUCUGCGACUCUUCUCUCUCAUAUGAGAUUAGGGUUAAGGACUUGAUUGACAGGAUGACAUUGGCGGAGAAGGUGCAGCAGAUUGGGGACACCGCUCUCGGGGUGGCGAGGAUUGGACUGCCCAAGUACGAGUGGUGGUCGGAGGCUUUGCACGGCGUGUCGAACGUUGGCCAGCAGGGGAGCGUAGCUAGCUUCUUUGAUGAUGUUGUUCCUGGAGCAACCAGCUUUCCUACUGUUAUUCUCACCACUGCUUCUUUCAAUGAAUCCAUGUGGAAAACCAUUGGCGAGGCUGUUUCAACAGAAGCAAGGGCCAUGCACAAUCUAGGGCAUGCUGGAUUAACAUAUUGGAGCCCUAAUAUCAAUGUUGUAAGAGACCCUAGAUGGGGAAGAGCCCUAGAGACACCAGGUGAAGAUCCAUAUGUUGUUGGGAGGUAUGCUGUCAACUAUGUUAGGGGCUUGCAAGAUGUUGAAGGGACUGAGAACACAACAGACUUGAACCAUAGACCUCUCAAGGUUGCUGCAUGCUGUAAGCAUUAUGCAGCCUAUGAUGUUGAUAAUUGGCUCGGAGUCGAUCGCUACCACUUUGAUUCUCGGGUGACUGAGCAAGAUAUGGUGGAAACUUUCCUAAGACCUUUUGAAAUGUGUGUGAAAGACGGAGAUGUCACUAGUGUGAUGUGCUCUUAUAACCGUGUCAAUGGCAUCCCCGCUUGUGCUGAUCCAAAGCUUCUAAAAGAUACAAUCAGAGGAGAAUGGGAUCUUCAUGGGUACAUAGUCUCAGACUGUGAUUCUAUUGAGGUCAUGCUUGAUAAUCAGAAAUGGCUUAAUGAUGAACCAGAAGAUGCUAGUGCAGUGGUGCGAGGGAAAGUUAGGGAGGCAGAAAUAGACAAGGCACUUAAAAACCUCUAUUUUGUACUCAUGAGGCUUGGUUUUUUCGAUGGCAGCCCUAAAUUUAGUUCUCUUGGAAGCGAAAAUGUGUGUUCUCUUGAACACAUUCGGUUAGCAACCGAGGCUGCAAGAGAAGGCAUUGUUCUCUUGAAGAAUGAUGAUGAAACUUUGCCUCUGAACCAUCACAAGUUUAAGACAGUAGCAGUGGUUGGACCUCAUGCCAAUGCCACCACCGUGAUGAUUGGAAAUUAUGCAGGUGUUCCAUGCCAAUACACAACCCCCAUUGAUGGAUUCUCUGCAUAUGGGAGGGUGAUACAUGAAAUGGGUUGUUCUGAUGUUGCAUGCAAGAAUGAUACUCUAAUUUUCCCAGCCAUGAAAGCUGCAAAGAAAGCAGAUGCUACCAUACUUGUAGUGGGCAUUGAUUUGACUGUUGAGGCUGAGAGCUUAGACAGAGUGGACCUUCUUCUACCUGGUUACCAAACACAACUCAUCAGCCAAGUUGCUGCAGCUUCCAAAGGUCCUGUGGUCCUUGUGGUCAUGUCUGCUGGUGGGGUUGAUAUUUCUUUUGCUAAGAAUGAUCCAAACAUCAAAGCUAUCCUCUGGGCUGGGUACCCUGGUGAAGAAGGUGGCAGAGCUAUUGCAGAUGUUGUUUUUGGGAGUUAUAACCCAGGUGGAAGAUUGCCUCUAACCUGGUAUGAAAGCAAUUAUGUAGAUAUGCUUCCAAUGACCUCCUUACCCCUGAGGCCAAUUGACAGCUUAUCCUACCCUGGUAGAACAUACAAAUUCUUCAAUGGCUCCACAGUUUAUCCAUUCGGGUAUGGUCUCAGCUACACAAAUUUCACCUACAAGCUCACAAGCGCACAGAGAUCACUCCACAUAGAGCUCAACAAGUUCCAACACUGCCGGGACAUCACCUACACCGAAGACGCUUUCCGGCCACCAUGCCCGGCAGUUCUCAUCGACGACCUGAGCUGCGACGAUCAUUUUGAGUUCGAGGUCGAAGUUCAGAACAUCGGAAAAAGAGAUGGCAGUGAGGUUGUCAUGGUGUACUGGACUCCUCCCGCCGGGAUCAUCGGAGCUCCAUUGAAGCAGUUGAUUGGUUUCCAAAAAGUGUUUGUCCCAGCUGGAGGGAGCGAAAAGGUUAAGUUCGACUUGAAUGCUUGCAAGAGCUUGGGAAUUGUUGACUACACGGCUUACCGUCUAUUGCCGGCCGGUGGACACUCCAUUGUGAUCGGAGAUGAUGUUGUCUCAUUUCCAGUUCAAGUUAGCUUUCAUGGUUCAGUUUAG